AUGAAGGGUAUUGCAGCCUUCUUGCUGGUGCUGUGUUACCUGGCCAUCAGUGAUGCUGCCUGGACCUGCACCGAGGCUCCGCGGCUGUAUAAUGUUCAACAGGUUGACGCCGGGCAGGGGAAAGUGGUCGUAAGAGACUCAAACUACUAUACGUAUUUCCUGGGUGGAUACUCUUGGUACAAACUGAGCACAACCAGACUCAGGCAUGUCUCAGUGGGACCUGCAGGACUCUGGGGAACUGGCACCGAUAACAGGGUCUACAAAUACGUAGCUGGCCAAUUUCUACCUUCCUCUGGUGUGUCUAUGCUGCAGGUGGACGCUGGAGGUGAUGAUCAGGUCGUGGGAGUUACUCCUACCUCGUACGCCUACUGCCUGAGAAGCGCGUCAGCUUUGGCCUACAGUGGAGUGGGCACCCUUAGUUGGAGUUACCUGUCGAGGCGUUUGAGGUACUUCAGCUGCAGCCCGCAGAACGGAUGCUGGGGAGUCGACACGAGUUACCGGGUCUACUAUUCAGUGAAACCAAGCAACUGCGGCCACUCUGGCUGGAGAGUAUUGAACGGGCGUCUGAAAAUGGUUGAAGUGGGGACUGACGGAAGGGUUUUUGGAGUGAACACGGCAGGCCAGGUCUUCGAAAGAGCUGGCAUUUCCAGUCGUAUCCCCUAUGGCACAUCCUGGGUCACCGUCCCAAUGUGCAUGUCAAUCCGCCACGUGAGCUACGACCUGCGCAAACUUUGGGUGGUUACCAACUCUGGCUUGGUCAUGCACUGCAAAUCCUAA